AUGGCCAGUGCAAAUAACGUGACUGAGUUAAUUUUCACUGGGCUUUUCCAAGGUGUGGAGGUGCAGAGAGCGUGCUUUGUGCUCUUCCUGCCCGUGUACCUGGCCACGCUGCUGGGCAACGGCCUCAUCGUCCUGACAGUCAGUGUCAGUCAGAGUCUGCGCUCCCCCAUGUACUUCUUCCUGGGCUACCUGUCCCUGGUGGAGAUCUGUUACUCCUCCACUGUGGUGCCUAAGUUCAUUGCGGAUCUGCUCGCCAAGGUUAAAACCAUCUCCUUCAAGGGCUGUCUGGCUCAGAUAUUCUGCCUCCACUUUUUUUCGGUUGCUGAGAUCCUCCUGCUCGUGGUGAUGGCCUAUGACCGCUAUGUGGCCAUCUGCAAGCCUCUGCACUACAUGAGCAUUAUGAGUCGCCAACUGUGUCACAUGCUGUUGGCCAGUUCCUGGCUGGGGGGCUUUCUUCACUCCCUUGUUCAGAUUCUUGUCACCAUCCCAUUGCCCUUCUGUGGUCCCAAUGUGAUUGACCAUUACUUCUGUGAUCUCCACCCCUUAUUCAACUUGGCCUGCACCAACACCUCUGUGGAGGGGGUUAUUGUGCUGUUCAACAGUGGAUUAAUCUCCCUCUUCUCCUUCCUCACCUUGCUGUGUUCCUAUGUUGUCAUCUUGCUCAGCUUGAGGAACCAUUCUGCAAAGGGGAGACACAAGGCCCUCUCCACCUGUGCCUCUCACAUCACGAUGGUCAUCUUGUUUUUUGGACCUGCCACCUUCCUCUAUGUGCGUCCCUCCUCCACGUACACCGAGGACAAACUGGUGGCUGUGUUUUUCACAGUCGUUACUCCCAUGUUGAACCCUAUUGUCUACACACUCAGAAAUGUGGAGGUGAAAAUCGCCAUCAAGAAGUUGUGGGGCAGAAAGGCAAAUGCAGGGAUGGGAAAGUAA